AUGGCCGUUUGCUUGUGGCUUUAUAUCUUGGAUGUCGACGUGGCUCAUUUAGGGCUGCUGUGGAUGAUUGUAGGUCGUUUCGGCUUUUAGUAACUACGUUUGUCUCUAUCACACCACGAGGUUUCAUUGUAUGCUACAGUUGUACAUAUGCUACGAAAUCGGUCAUCUUCUUCACUGACCACCCAAACAAAAGGAAGUCGCUUAACUGAUGCGCAUGCAGUGGAGCAAGCAUAGAUGACGCCCGCACCUAUGCUUUUUUGGGAAAAGAUUACUUCUGCUUGAGGUGCAAUUAAAAGAAUACGAUUUCAUCUUCCUUUAUAUAAUGAAUUGAGGAAUGUUUACAAGAGUUUAGUUUAAACAUGUUUUGAUUACUGUUAUGUUCUUCGAAACAAUUGCGGCAUCGACUUUCAACUACAAAGCGACAUGAAAACUCCAAAAUCGCCCAGCAUGCCUGUAAUUUAAUUUUUAUUUUUACUUGUAGUCCUUUUAUCGCUAGGCAUUUUAACUCUGAGCAAAUUGGCGUUGUUACAACCGAGCUAACAAAAUUUUCCUGCUGUUCUUGUUUUAAAUGUAACAGAGUGUGAUCGCUAAACAAAUGACCUACAAGGUUUAUAUGUCAGGCACGGUCAAUGGACACUACUUUGAGGUUCAAGGCGAUGGAAAAGGAAAACCUUACGAGUAAGUUUCUGUUUGAUAGAUGUUGUAUAUUUUUCAUACUUGUUCAAUAUAAUGUUGGUUUCCGUUCAAUGCAUGAAGCGUUUUCGCAGCUUACCCUUGAUUACUUUUAAAAUCCCAUGACACUUUCGAAGAUGUUUUUGGGAAGGGAUGGGGAACACGAGGUAGAAUUACCACAGAACAAGUGAGCAGCGACGUGUUUUCCAGCGUUAUCUUUCAUGGAAACUGGUUUAAAUUUUCAAUAUGUGAAUCAAAUUGAACGCUACCGUGCAAAUUUAACCUCUCCAUUAACGUAAUAAAAUAAAUAACGAUCAAUUGGUAUCACAUCCACAGAGUGGUUUCUUGAUACUUGACAAACAAAACCAGAGACCUAAGAGAAAAUGCUGUCAGAGUGAGAAUUAUACACCCUUUAACAAGACCCAUGGUGCAAUGUUUAACCUUUUUUUAAUAAAUAAGGCACCAUAAUGUAAAAAUGUGCCUAAUUUGAAUGCCAACUCUUCUCUUUAAGGGGCGAGCAGACUGUAAAGCUCACUGUCACCAAGGGCGGACCUUUGCCGUUUGCUUGGGAUAUUUUGUCACCACAGUCUCAGUACGGAAGCAUACCAUUCACCAAGUACCCUGAAGACAUCCCUGACUAUGUAAAGCAGUCAUUCCCUGAGGGAUAUACAUGGGAGAGGAUCAUGAAGUUUGAAGACGGUGCGGUGUGUACUGUCAGCAAUGAUUCCAGGUACAUCGCGGAAAACUAGGUUAAUUUAAGUUUAGUCGCUAAAGUAAAAUGUCAGAACAGAUAAGGUUUUCCUCCCUUUAGAAGAGGCUGCAAUUUAAGCUAAUAAAUGUCAGCAGAUCAGUCUCACUUUCUCUUCGUUAGAAAUGGCGAAUCACCCGAUAUUGCGAACCCGCUGUUAAGAGUAUCAUUAUGAAAAAAUGAAUAUCCACAACCAUUCCAUUGCACUUUGUAAAACCAUUUUCUCAUCUCUUUUCCAAAAGCAUCCAAGGCAACUGUUUCAUCUACAAUGUCAAGUUCUCUGGUUUGAACUUUCCUGCCAAUGGACCUGUUAUGCAGAAGAAGACACAGGGCUGGGAACCCAACACUGAGCGUCUUUAUGCACGAGAUGGAAUGCUGAUAGGAAACAACUUUAUGGCUCUGAAGUUGGAAGGAGGUGGUCAUUAUACCUGUGAAUUCAAAUCUACUUACAAGUAAGAUGUCACAAUUGCCAUUUAACCAAUUAAGGAGCUCCAAAUGUAGGAUCUAGCUUAUGUUAAAGCCACGAUUCGGGAUUUUAUAAGCAAAAAGGGAAGCGAUUUACUGUAAUGAUUAUAAACGGGAUCUGGGUUUGAGGGAUUUUAGAAAGGGAGAUUAAAAAAAACACUAUAUAUUGUUGAAAAGAAUUGGUAUUAGAUAGGAAAUAGUGAAAAAAAUUUAAAGUUUGGCUUCAGACACACGUUGGCCAAAAUUUGUCGACACUGUCAUGAUCAUGAUUCAGGUUCACUCGCGCAAUGCUAUUCACUCCCUUUUCCGUCGAAUGGACUUGGUCGAGAUCAUGUUCCGGAUCGAGGACAUUGUCAAACCUUUGUUAUUCUUACGAAAUAUUACAUAUUUGACCCAUAUAUGUUUGUAAGAAAAAAAGAAUAACUGUACACAAAAAAAGGAAAACAAUCGUUCGUAAGAAACUGAUUUGGAGGUGGUGAUUUGCGGUGAUAGUUUUCUCGCUGUUACAAAUUAACGUAUACCGCGAAGAGCGGAGGUGUGAGUGAGAAAGUAAGUAUCUUUAUUUAAAAUAGAUAACGUCGAGAAUGCUUGUCUUGCCUCCCGAAAACGCUCGACCCAAAAAAGAGACAAGAAGAGGAUUUUGAUCAAAGCUGAAGGUUGUCGUCAAAGAUUGUGGUCAAAGCUAUUUGGCAAAGAAUUAAAUUGAUAGCUUGGGUUAUUUUCGAUCUUACCGAUAUUAACGGUGUUUUUGUUCAUUUUUUAGGGCGAAGAAGCCUGUGAUGAUGCCUGGGUAUCACUAUGUUGACCGCAAAUUGGAUGUAACCAAUCACAACAAGGAUUACACUUCCGUUGAGCAGUGUGAAAUUUCCAUUGCACGCAAACCUGUGGUCGCCUAA